AUGGCGGCGGAUGGCACCUGUGGGGGCCGGGGGCGGGGGGCCGGGGAGCAGGAAGGCGGGGCGGGCCGACGAGCCGGCAGGAUGGUGGGUUUCACUCCGGGGCUUCCCCGUCCUUGCUCUUCCUCCUGCAGCGGCGGCGGCGGCGGCGGCUACGACAAGCGACGGCGGGCGGCAGCGGCAGGAGCAGGCGACUCCACUUUCAAAAUGGCGCCGGCUGGCCUGGGCACUGACGUCAUCGGGGGCGUGGUCUCCGGGCGGGGCCGAGGGCGGGGCGAGGCGGGGAGCGGCCCGGCGGCCUCCUGGCCCCGCCCCUUCCUCUCCGCGGGGCCGCCUGGUCCCACCGUCCCGUCCUGCGCCGCGCUCGGGCCCGCGCUGGGGACCGGGGACCGGGGACCGGGGACCGGGGAUCUGCCCUCUUUCGGCGCCCGGUGCGCGCUCCUCUCGGCCCAGCUCCCCGGCCCCGGGCCCCCAGCCCUCGCGCCGGUGCCGGACCCUGGGGUGGCGCCGCUCUACCGAAAAAGUCCCCGCUCGCAGGGGUUCGUGCGGGCCUGGGUCUUUUAG